AGGGGAUGCUACCAGACAGGGAGCCUCUUGCAACCCAACAAUAUAGAGGAAUAUAGCUGCAGGAAGCCUCUUAUAUCCCAACAAUAUAGAGGAAUAUAGCCCAGACUGAGCAAUGGAUCCUUUGGAAGGAGUCUGAGGCUGAUCCUGCUGGAGUGUGUUCAUCCAGAGAGAGAGUGAGAAGAUUGUGGCUGUGAUGUAAUAUCGCAAUGAUGGAGUGCUCUUGGAAAACCAUCCUUCUCCUGGUCUGUGCUUCCCUAGGGAUUCAGUACACAGCUAUCCGAUCCCUGACUGCCAGCAUCAACUCCCGCUGUCCUGGCACGGAGCCUGGGAAACACUGCCACUCCCAGUGGAGAGGUGUUAGUAGCUGCUCUGGGAUGACUGGCCCACAAGCGAAUGACCAAACACCCACCAGGAAACAUAUCCUGAUCUUUGCCACGACCAGGAGUGGAUCCUCCUUCCUAGGGCAGCUGUUCAAUCAGCACCCUGCUAUCUUUUAUCUGUAUGAGCCUCUCUAUCAUGUGCAACAGGUGUUUGCGAACUCAAGUACCAGGGUGAGGAACACAUUGGACAGACGGGCUCUCCUGGGGGCACACAGGGACUUGCUCAGCAGCCUGUAUGACUGUAACCUGAAUUUCCUGGAGAAUUACAUGAAGCCUACGCCCAGGGACCACGAAACCACCGCGUUUUUUCGGAGAGGGGCCAGCAAUGCUCUGUGUGAACCCCCACUUUGCCACUGGGAUCGGGGCUCCAAGGAGGUGAUUGAGUAUCUCUGUGCCAGGCGGUGCAGGGCACUGAACCUGACCCUGGCAUCGCAGGUUUGUCGGGCACGCCCUCACGUGGCCAUCAAGACCGUCAGGAUACCUGAGAUCAAGGACAUCCGCCUCCUGAGCGAUGACCCCAGGCUCGACCUGAAGAUCAUCCACUUGGUCCGAGACCCCAGGGGAAUACUUGCCUCCAGGAUGGGCACCUUCACGGAAAAUUUCCGAGCCUGGAAAAUCUGGAACGCCACCGGCAGAAAGCCGCACAGCGUGGAUCUGUCCCAAAUAGCGACCACUUGCAACGACCUCCUCAACUCGGCAGGCACGGGGUUAAGCAGACCACCCUGGCUGCGGGGCAAGUACAUGUUGGUGAGAUAUGAAGAGCUGGCAAGGGAACCUUUCAAAAAGACCGCUGAGAUUUACCACUUCAUUGGUUUGGAUGUGGACAGUCAGGUUAAGAGAUGGAUACUUCACAACACGAGGGCCACAAGUGGCUCAACAAGGAAUUACAAGUACACAACCACAAGGAACUCGUCAGCCACGGCAGAAAACUGGAGGCUCAACCUCUCCUUCCAGAUUGUGCAGACAGUCCAACAGCUCUGCAAUGACACUCUGAACCAACUGGGCUACCAACUGGUGCAGUCGCUGAAGGAUUUGCGGAACCUCUCCAACAGUUUGGUGGAACCCAAGAUUUUUGCUCCUUUCCUGUAGCCAUGAACUGUGCAGCUGCAAUAAAGACGUUUAAAUAAUGACCUCCUAAAGAAGUGGGGAGAUGAGGGAUGCCCGUGCAGGAGGAGGAGCCAGGAGCUGUGGCUGGAUAUCGGGCUGGGUUCAGGGUGGUACACACUGGUGGCCCAAGUCACACCCACACUUGGCCCUCGGGGACCCAUUGGGUUUACAGCCUCUGGCUCCAGUUGGACUCCAGAAAAAAAAAUUCCCAGUCCGUGGGAACAACUUUGGGCUGAUUGAAUCCCUGGCAGCAGCACUGAUUGAAAUCGAGAAUGGAGAGAAAGAGGGAGUGAGGAAUUGGGUGGGAGAGGAAGUAAUCGAAAAGGAGGGAGGGUGAUUGAAGGGAGAGGGACAGAUUAGGUAGGAGAAAGGGACAGGUAGGAUGAGAAGAGAGAGAGAGAGACAGUGAAAAUGAUAAGGAAGAAGAGCAAAAGAGUAAAUGAGUGAUGGAGAGGAAGAAAGUGCAUGGAUAUUAGAAAGGAGAGAGAGAGAGUUUGGAGAGGAGGAGAGAUUAGCUGAAUAGGAGAAAGAGAGAGAAAAUUAGGGAGAGAAGCAAUCAGAGAGAGAAAAAAGGAGUGAGGUAGUGAGGCAACCUUAGGAGGGAGGAAACGCAAGAGAUUAGUGGAGAAGAGAAUGAUGAGGAAAGAGUAAUAGAUAGAGAGCGCAAUUAGGAUAGAGAAAGAGAGUGGAGCUCUGGGGAAGAUGAGCUCAAGAUGGUUCCCUGCAACAGGCCAUAAACUUGUCUGUUAUCUCUGAACCGUUACUAGGAUCCUGCUUUACAGCUGAGGCUUCCAUACCAACAGGACACACCGUUUAAGGAAAUUAAUGAUGUGUGCAGUAUUUUCAGAAGUGCAAAUAAAAGAUUUUGUUUUAUUUUGGUAAGAGAGAGAACUCAAACACAAGGUACUUGGUGAUUUCAGUAUCGGAGAU